GAAACCAACCAAAAUGCCUGAACCCGCAAAGUCUGCGCCCAAGAAGGGCUCCAAGAAAGCCGUGACUAAGACCGCAGCCAAGGGCGGCAAGAAGAAGAGAAAGACCAGGAGGGAGAGCUAUGCCAUCUACGUGUACAAGGUGCUCAAACAGGUGCACCCAGACACUGGUAUCUCCUCCAAGGCCAUGAGCAUCAUGAACUCCUUCGUCAACGACAUCUUUGAGCGCAUCGCUGCCGAGGCGUCUCGUCUGGCUCACUACAACAAGCGCUCCACCAUCACCUCCAGGGAGAUCCAGACCGCCGUGCGUCUCCUGCUGCCCGGGGAGCUGGCCAAACACGCCGUGUCUGAGGGCACCAAGGCCGUCACCAAGUACACCAGCUCCAAGUAAACAGCUCUGCUGCUCAGCUGCAACCAACUCAAAGGCUCUUUUAAGAGCCACACACUUCAUCCAAAAGAGAAAAUGUCCAGCACGGCACAGUUAAAUGGUCGGAGGUUUUUGCAGGUUGAGUGGUGGAUGUAGCACUUUGUCAAAGGAGCUCAGAAAAUGAGUGAAACUAAAGCCAUUUUUAU